UCUAGCCAUGGACGCAAGCUCUCCCCACUGGGCUAGUCUUCAAAGCGACCUCUUGUAUAGGAUCGCCAAAUGCCUUAGCACUAGCGUCGAUGUACUCCGCUUUCGCGCCGUUUGCCACUCAUGGCGGUCGUCGAUCCCUUCUCCUCCCAAAAUCCCUUCUCUCAAGCUCCAUUUUCCUAUCGGCCCCCGUCCAUAUCUCAAUGGCUAUUUGUUGCUCAUCAAAUCCACCGUUUACGCAUUCCAAUCCCUCACCAACUCUGACAGUUCCUGCGACACUGCCAGAACCUUGCUUAUCAAGAUUCAAGAGUCAAAAUCCGGCAAGAUGAUUCUCAUUGACCCACUUUUUGCAUCCCAUUCUGAGAAUCUAGACACCACUGAGUUCCCUAGGGUUUUGAACUUGCUAGAUGAUAGAGUCCAUGAGAUAAGCAAGGCUUAUGUGCUUGAGCUUGUUGAGCAAGUGAAAAAAGGUCAUGAACUUGAGUAAAGUUGUUACUUCCUCGAGUAUAGAUA